CCCUGCCUCCCGCCCGCGAUUCUCGCUCAGCUCCCAUUACCGCCCCUCGGCGGCGGCUGUGGCGGAGGCAUGAUGGCCGACGGCGGCGGCCCUUCGAGGGAGACCAGCAGUCGGGGCUCUCCCGGGCCGGCGCCGCGGGUUCCGCGCGCGGUUGGGCCGAGUGGCGGUGGCGGGGAGACCCCGAGGACUGCGGCGCUGGCGCUGCGCUUCGACAAGCCCAUCAAGCAGGCCUUCUACAACACCGGGGCCGUGCUGUUUGUGUGCCUGUGCUGCGGCGCCGCGGUGCUGGUCUACUUCAUCCUAGAGGCCUUCCUGCGGCCGCUGCUUUGGGCAGUGCUGUGCGGCACCUUCUUGCAUCCCUUCAAAAGCUCGCUGACGCGCCUGGGCCGCCACUGGCUUCAGCGCCUGCACCGCGCGCACACGCCCAUCGUGCUGGCCGCGCUGCUGCUGCCGCUCUGCUUCGUCGACUACGGCGUAGAGGCCCUGGGCGAGCAGGCGCUGCGCCGCCGCCGCCUGCUCUUGCUGCUCGGCGCCGGCGGCCCACUCCUGUAUGGCCUCUACUGCCUCGGCAGCUACCUGGGCGUGCAGGUGCUGCUGGUGCACGCCGCCGCGCUCAUCUGCCGCGGGCUGGACUACUUCAGCAGCCUGUGGAUCUGGACAUUGGUGGUUGGCUAUGUGUUGACUGUUUCAUUCAAGUGGAAUGCAAGCACUGAACGCUACUUGAGAGCAAUUUCAAUUCCUGUCUGGAUUAUAUUGCUUUUUCAUUUAGCAUCCCUGGCUGGCUCAUGGAGAAUUCCAGUAUUCCUGGUUAUUGUUUUCCUGAUGUCUGUGGGCACCCUCUAUGAAAAACAGAAUGAAAAAGAGUCUUCUGGGGCAGAGUUACCAGGGCAGGUUAUCUCCAUGGCAGCUUCUACUCUGGCAAACUUGGCCAUCUCUAUCACAGGGUAUGAAUCAAGCAGUGAAGACCAGCCCUCCACUCAGCCUGCAGAAGCAGUGGACAGGGAAGAAUCCCCUCCAACAUUAUCUGCCUCCCCUUCACCCUCCUCCCCUUCACCCACUUCCCCUUCACCCACUCUGGGCAGACGAAGGCCCGAAAUAGGAACGUUUCUUAGAAAGAAGAAAACUAGUGACAUCUACUUCGUGUCUCUGGUCUGGGCCAUUGUCGUCGUGCAGAUCUGGCUGAACCUGUGGAUUGUGCAGUUGCUGCCGGUGCCGAUUGCAGUCUGGAUACUGAAAAAGCUUGUCAUUCACUUUGGAGUCGUGGACUUCCUGGAGAAACACUACCAUGUGUGGUGGGGUAUUAUCGAAAGCUUCCUGAAGGAGCGGCAGGGAGCUCUCGCACCUUGGCCCAUUGUUGGGCUUGGAAAAUUCUUGUUAAAAGUUGAUAGCAAGCUCUGGCACUGGCUAAAUAAGAAGAUGAUCAUCUGGUUGGAGAAGAUGUUAGAUAAAAUAAUUAGCAUUUUCAUCAUAUUUUUGUUAGUGAUAGGAACUCUUCUUUUAGCCCUACUCCUGACUGCAAAGGUACAUCAAGAGAGUGUACACAUGAUUGAAGUCACAAGUAAUUUGAUUAAUGAAACUCUAGCAAAUCACCCUGAGUGGGCAAAUUGGCUUCCUGAAGCUCAGGUAGUCCAAAGAGCCCUGAAUUCUGCAGCUAACAAUGUAUAUCAGUAUGGACGAGAAUGGAUAACUCACAAGCUCCAUAAAAUUCUAGGAGAUAAGGUGAACAAUACCGCUGUAAUUGAAAAACAAGUACUAGAACUUUGGGACAGACUGUAUCACUCUUGGUUUAUAAAGAACGUAACACACUCUGGAAGGCACAAAGGACAGAAGUUGCAUGUCAGUCGUCAGAAUAGCUGGCUGGGAGACAUUCUGGACUGGCAGGAUAUCGCUUCCUUUGUUCACGAGAACAUUGAGACAUUUCUUUCGAUCUUGGAGUCUUUGUGGGUUGUUAUGAGCCGAAAUGUGAGUCUGCUGUUCACCACUGUCACUACGCUCCUGACCAUCCUCUUCUACAGUGGGACGGCCCUUCUCAAUUUUGUACUCUCUCUGAUAAUUUUCCUGACCACACUAUUUUAUCUGUUAAGUUCCAGUGAUGAGUACUACAAGCCAGUGAAGUGGGUGAUAAGCCUGACUCCACUAUCUCAGCCAGGUCCUUCUUCUAAUAUUAUUGGCCAGUCUGUGGAAGAAGCUAUCAGAGGGGUGUUUGAUGCUUCCCUCAAAAUGGCUGGCUUCUAUGGAUUGUACACCUGGCUGACUCAUACUAUAUUUGGCAUCAAUAUUGUCUUCAUACCGUCAGCAUUAGCAGCAAUCCUUGGAGCGGUGCCGUUCCUGGGGACAUAUUGGGCAGCAGUACCUGCAGUUCUAGACCUGUGGCUGACACAAGGAUUAGGAUGCAAGGCCAUUUUACUGUUGAUUUUUCAUCUCUUGCCAACAUACUUUGUAGAUACUGCAAUUUACUCUGACAUAUCAGGAGGUGGCCAUCCUUACCUGACAGGCUUGGCAGUAGCCGGUGGAGCAUACUACCUAGGCCUGGAAGGUGCAAUCAUUGGGCCCAUUCUUCUCUGCAUACUUGUGGUUGCUUCCAAUAUCUAUAGUGCCAUGCUAGUGAGUCCCACGAAUUCAGUGCCCACGCCAAACCAGACCCCAUGGCCUGCUCAGAGUCAGCGGACUUUCCGUGACAUUUCUGAAGAUCUGAAAUCUUCAGUAGGUUGACAUGGUUUCCUCUGCAGUGAUUUUUCUUGGAAGUGCAAACUUGACAGUGAGUUCAGCCCAGCUGUGGCCUUCUGCCCUUUCAGCUGUGCCUAGCAAGCAGAACCCAGGAAAGAAGCAGAAGCCUCCUGGCCUUACUUACAGAAUGUCUGGAUAAGAGAGAACUUGCUGCAGGCUGCUUUGUAUUUUAAAACACAGCUUGAGAGUUCAGAAUUGGUGAUUUGCUCACUUAACUGUUGCUAAGAUGGCUUGAAAAGUUUCAUUUUAUACACUGGUUCCAUGGCUUGAAAUUUUUCCACUUUGGUUACCUGUAUUAUGUAUUUAUAAAGUUAUUUUAAGAACUCUAAACUACCUGCUGUUAUAUAUGGUGUAAUUUUUUUCUUGGUUUAAGAAAUCUAUUGUUAAACUUUUUCUAAGACAGUCACUUUUCAGGAAGCGGGCUUUCACUUUUGAGCGUGUAGUUGAGUGAGGAAAAAUGAGUCUUCUACCCUUCUCACACAAUGUAUGGUACCCUCUUUAAGAAAGAAUAAAUCAUAAGUGUAAGGAUGAGGUGGCUUAUUUGAUGUUCAGUUUUAUGUUGUAACCCUAGGAGAUACAAAGACUGAAGCUCUUCCUCCUCUUCCUUUUCUCUUCAUGCUCUGUUCACUAUUGCAAAAUUCUAAAACAUGGCUGACCGCAUUGAAGCAAAAUACUUAUUAAGCUGCCAUGAAAGGUAACAAUAUGAUAAAAUUCAUGCUGUUAUUAGGUUUUCUCCAUCCAAAUGUUUUAAGUGAAAAAUCUCAGGUGUAGCAAUACUCCGAUUUGUUAAAUGUAUCCCUGUUUCAUUAUUUGGAACUCUGCUAAUAAGUUAGUUUUCAGCAGAAUUUUAUAUUUAUGUAGUAUUUUCCCAUCUCUUAGCACUGUGCCUUGCACAUGACUCUGAAUGAAUGCUUGUUGAAUUGAAUUGCAACUUAAAAAAAAUCUCAAUUAUCACAACAACCAGCAUAGUGCUUUACAUUUUACAAAGUCCUUUUGCACAUAUUAUUUCACAAGUAUGUCACAUCAGCUUUCAUAUAACUUUAUGUUAUUUUACAUCAGUUUUACACUGAUGGGGAAGCUAAGGUUCAGAAAAAUGACCAACUCAAAGUCGUAAGUGUAGUAAGAUUCGGCCUCAGAUCUUUGACUCCAUUGUCUGCAGACUCUGUUGCACUCGUGUUUCUUCUAAAUAUUGUAUGCAGUUUUCCCAGUUACGGAAUAGGUGUUGCUAUCCAUUUGUUAUGAAUGAAGACUUGUCUUAUAGCAUAUGACAGGGCUGGGAGUGGACUGUUGCUCUUAACUGAACCCUUGCUACUGUUUAAAACAAUCCUCAGGCCUAUCCUCUUCUCCCAAGGGAAUGUGGAGGAGAAAAGGGUUCUUGGCCAGGCUGUAGGUGGUGGCUCACGCCUGUAAUCCCAGCACUUUGGAAGGCCAAGGCGGGUAGACCACUUGAGCCCAGAGGUUUAAGAUUAGCCUAGGCAACAUGGCGAAACCCCCUCUCUACAAAAAAUUAGUUGAGCCUGGUAGUGUGCCUAUAGUCCCAGCUACUAAGGAGGCUGAGGUAGGAGGAUCACCUGAACCCAGGAGGUUGAGGCUGCAGUGAGCCAGGUUGGCGCCACUGUACGCCAGCCUGGGUGAGAGAGUGAAACUCUGUCCCAAAGGAAAAAGUGCGGGUGGUUCUUAAGUGUUGAAGAUUUCCUUUUUGGAAAGUAUUUAAAGGUAGAAAUUCUAAUAAUUUUUUCUAAAACAUCUUCCUAAGAAGUCACUGAUAAUUAUAAUUAGCUUAAAUUUAUUCUUACACUACUUAAGACAAAUUUCAUUUAGAAAAGGCUACCAUGAGGUCUUCUGACUAUAUGCAAUAGACUACAUACAGACCUCAUUUCUGUUAUGAAUCCUUUAGCAAUUAUAGUCAACUAUUCCACUAAGUAUUAGAUUUGGUCACUUAGUAAGUAACUCAUUGUCUUCUUUAGUCAAUCAUUCCUUCACUAAAACAUUUCUUGAGAGUUUGGUAAACUCUAGGCUCCAUGCCAGGCACCGUACAAAGUGAAGGAGAUUGCUCAUAAGAAGGCCUCUUGCUCUUAGCCAGAUCGUAUGUAAUACUAAAUUUAAAUUUUUUGCAUUAAAAGGCUAAAAAAGAAAUUGUUUGUUUUUGUUGUAUAGAUUAUUUAUAGCUGUAAUUAGCACAUAUUCAUAAGAGACAAACAAUGAGUUACUAUGCAUAUACAAAGUGCUUUUAGCUGUAUAAAGUGAUAUUACAAAAAACUAGAGUUAAUGUUUGUUGCUGGGGGAUAAUUAUUAGCAUAAAUAUCAGGUUCUUACAGGGCUUUAAAAGAAUAGAGCUACCAAAAUUAGCAGCAGUGAUGUAAUAUUACCCGGAAAUAUCAGGAGCAGAGAUGCCCCAGAGUGCUUUACAGCCAUGAUCAGGAAACUUGAACUGCCCAUUGCUACAGCAACAGCGUAAGGACUAGGAAGGUCCACCAGCUGGGGAGGUCAUCUUGGAACCCUCUGAACCAGAAAGAAGCAUCCCAGCAUGCUUCCUCAGAUGCAGUGAGGAAAGUUUACAGAAUUUUCACAGGGCAACAGAGAUCAAGUGGUAUGAAAAGGUAGGAGUUUUAAGCUCAAGUCUAAAAGAUAACCUGCCUUUAGACUCUCAGUUAGAAUUUGACCCACAGAGGAAGUUUCUCCAGGAACAGACAGGACAUUGAUGAAGGAGAAGUCACUUCAGUAAAAACCGAGUACAGAAAUUUGUCAUCAUAUCUUGCAUUUUAUAGAUUUAUUAAAGAUUAGUUUCAAGUUCACAUUCACUAUUCAGUUGUAAACUGAAUGGAGGGGAGGGCAGAAAAUACAAGCUCUCCACACAGGUAUGCCCCUUUGCUGAGAGAGAAGAAGGCAUGGGAUUUCAGCAUGAAUUCCAUGUCAUGUGAAUGUUGUUUGGGUUCAAAAGUUCUCUCAGUAUCUGUUCCUGCAAGUGAUCUCUGUCAGACCACCUUACAUGCCGGUCUUAGUUAUUUUUAAAAUUGUGAGGUUUCUUCACACCUUCUUCGAUAAGAAGUGGUUAGCUGGCAGAGUUUUCCCUUGACUUCUGAGACUAGUGUGAGUUGACCCAUGACAGUAGGAAGAAAUCCAUCAUGUUACAGGGAGACCCUGUGUGUAAACAGACUCUGUAGCGUUUGAAAGUGGAAGCUGCUUAUUACAGUUAAAGGGCUACUGAAUGGCUUGCAGAUGAGAUCUUCUGGCUCACCUUGAUCUUAACAUGAAACCGUUGUGACCUAUCUGGACUCCCUAGGACCUGUGGUUUCCAUUUGGGUUAUAUUAGUGCCUGAGGAAUGUGUCACUACUGGGUAAGAAAUACUCAGAAAUUCAGGCCAUGAGGGGUUAGAUUAGAUUAGGUGAGCUAUCCAGAGCUUUCAACCUCAGGGUUUGUAGGAGAAAAACAAACAAAAAAAACCCUUAGGACUUCUCAUACUUUAGCCCUGACCUUGCAGUGUCCUCUGAGGGGCCUCCUAAGACCCUUAUAAGAAUAUUACAGUAGGACUUUGCCCAUUUUACAGUGGAACAAGCCUCUGGCAGCAUACUUCAAAUGCUAGUUCCAGCUAAAAACAAAUAUUUUUAAUUUUUAUUAUUUUCUUGUCUUGCAACUUUCUGCCAUCAAAAUAUAUUUAUUACUUACUGAUUAUAGGGAACCUGCAAAAAGAAAAAUACAUGCUGUCUGCAACCACUGAUUGGUUAUUUUUGAUAGUUUAAGAGAAUUAUAAAUCAAGUUGUUCUGUCUACUAGAGUUAUAGAAAUUCUGUGCUAGAAUGGGCCUUCUAAAAUGAGGUGGUCCUGUCAUUUUCUAGAGAAAGACACACAUUCAUAGGUUUAAGUGGCUUGUCUGACAUAGCCAUACAGCCAACUGGUAACAGAAUUCAGAGUAGAAUAGAGUUCUUUUUUUCUGUCAGUCCGUGUUUUACUUCUCUUUCCUUUUGCUCAUGGUUGAGCAGCUUUUGGCAAAAUGUGUUCCUUAUAGCAGUAGUUCCAAGAGAUGUUAAUAGAUGUAAGAGAAAAAAAAGUAUGUGUGUAUUGUGGGUGGGAGAUUCCAUGGUCAAUUAAAAUGAAGGAAUGCUGAGUUUGUUUCCUUUCUGUAAAGUUUUGAACAUGCUAUUAUACAUUGUGAAUUUAUAAGAGCGGACAGAGACUGUGUUUGACCUUAGGCUGCACUUCCCUUCUCCAUUCCUCAGAGCAUCUCAAAGGACUUUGGGAAACAUGGCCCUCGAUCAGGUUUACAGCUCUUUGAGAAGACAUCCCUAUGGAAAUACUAAAUGGCAGAUCUGUUACUGUGGUACCAUGCAGUCUGUAAUAAAUCUUGAAGUUUAGUGAGUUACUAGAAAGCAAGCAUAUUUGCUCUUCAGAGCUGUACUUAAGGUAUAGAGAUUCGUUUCCACCUGUGGUGUGUAAAAUCAGUAUUUGUGUUUAAUUUUGCAGGUUUUUCAAGGAUCAACUAAUGUGCAAAUACAGUGGUGAUAUAUUGAUACUACAUUUUAAUAAUGCUUUUGUAUGGCACUUUAUAGUUUUCAGACACAUUUUGUAUCAGCCCUGUGAGAUAGACAAUAUUAUCCUUGUUGUUUAGAUGGGGGAACUCUGGAGGCUCUGAAAAGUUGUUGGUGAUAGUCCCCUAAGUUUAUAUCACAAAAUGAUGGAGCCAGAAUUCAGUUGCAGAACUUCUGACUCCAAGUCCAGAGUGCUUUACUAGACACCUGGUUCCUUACUAGCUUUCUGCCAGCUUUAUAUUUUACAGUGAAAAAUACGGAAGCAAAUCCUGAUAAUUUUGGCUUGUUAUCAAAUACCACUUCUUUUUUAUUGCAGUGACCCAGCAGAUGUAACUCUCAUUGUAGCCACCCCAAAAACCCUUCUUUGCCCUUUGCAGUACCACUUAUUUAGGUGACUGGAAUGUAUUUCAAAUACCAUUUGAUUUUGAACUAAGAUUGGAUAUAGAGUUGUAAUUGCUUACAUAACUUUUUGAAAAUGUAUCAUCUCUGGGUUCUCAGGCAAAGGAGAGGCAACUUGAAAGUAAAGAAUAUUCGAAUAUAACAGUAAAUAUUCUCUAUUCUCACACGAAUGCUGUUUCUUAGCUUUAACUUGCUUUGACAACCUACUGAUGUAACUUCUUUGUAAAUGUAAAAAAUUAUAUUUUGAAAUAAAAUUACUAGUGUUGAAUGAA